AUGUUUUUGCGCAUCUUUCUCAUCUUUCCCAUGGCGGGGGUUACAUUUUUCCUGUACGGUGCACUCGUCAACUUGGGCUACAUCGAGGAGAACCGGUGCCGCAUGACGUACAUGUUCGAACAUCCGCAGUACACCCGCAUUCCGGUGCAGGGCGGGGAUCGAUUCCCGAAGUACGGCCUCUACGCCUACUCGGAAGGAUUUAUAACGCAGCGCGUCCAGCAACGCCAUUUCUCGGGCGCACCGGUCCUGUUUGUGCCCGGAAGCGGCGGCUCGUACAAGCAGGUCAGAUCGUUGGCCUCGGUUUCGCUGCGGAAAGGAAUCGACAACAACUGGCAGGCGCACCUGGAUUACUUUAGUGUCGAUUUGAACGAGGAACUUUCCGGUGUCUACGGUGGGUACCUGCAGGACCAGACCCACUUCCUUGAGCUAUGCGUACAGGAGAUCGCGCGGCUGUACGGAGCCCGUGGCCCAUCGACGCGAAUGUUCAUCGUUGGCCAUUCCGUCGGAGGGAAGCUUGCGCAGGCCGUCGUUGCGCUGGGCGGCGGGCGCCGCAUUGAUCGUCAUGUAGCCGGCAUUGUUACCCUAUCGGCCCCGGUGGACAAACCGGUUGUCCUGCUCGACCAUUACCAUCAAAGUUUUUACGAUCGCAUUGAGAAUGCAUGGCAAACGAAUAGGUCCAUUAUCGGGGAUCAAAAUGUGCUGGCCACUGAACCCAGGAAACCGUUGGAUGAUCUUUUGCUCAUCACGAUCGGAGGAGGUAUACGUGACAUCAUCGUUCACGAUGGACUGACCGCAUCGCGUUACGCCGAUCUUCACGCCAUGACACACAACAUCCCGAACGUGUGGCUCUCGGUGGACCAUCUGUGCGCGAUGUGGUGCCUCCAGUUCGUGCUCGUUGUAAACCGGUUCCUGUACAGCAUGCUGGUUCCGCUGGGACGCAACAGCUACGGGUUCGUGGAGGACAAACACACCAAACUUGCCAAAGCGAACCGAUUCCUAGUGCAAUCCGGCGGGGAGCAUGAUUUUCGUCCCUCAGAACCGAUUGUACACCAUCCGGAACAGGAAGAGUGGAUCGAGGAUAUACGCCGUUCAUUCACCGAGCAGCACCGGGCCGGAUUGAGUCGGACGCGCGUACAAAUGAUACGUCUUGUGCCGGAUAAACCGAUGCACCGGUUUCUUCGUCUGGAGGUCAUCAAUUCCGAACAGGAAGACGACUGGCUGUCGGUGUGCGCCGCGGUGGAUGUCUUUGCCAACUCGCGAGUGUGUCUCCAGUCAACUUCACUCGCCAAUUACACGCUGCCCGUACCAUCGUCCAAGUUUGAUCGUUUUGGUGCUCUGCUCGAUCUUCAGGAGCUGAUGCAACGCAACCCUCGCUGGACACAUGUGCUGCUAAAGAUCCGGCGCACGUUUAAACCCGUUCAGUUUAGCGUGGACCAGUUCAACCCGGCGGAGCGUGAAAUAAGGUUGGCUAUGCCGUAUUGGUUCGAUUACCGGAAGCACACCAUCCUGCGGGACGCGUCUGUAGACGAUUCUUUCUAUCGUAUCAAGAUUGAUGGCAUGACACAGCCGCACCAAACGAUCGCUCUCGAUUUGCAGGCCGUCGCUUGCGAUGCCGUACAGGGUACGGUCGCUGUGAAGGUCCACGUUCCUUGGGCGAAGGGUUACGACCGGUACGCGUUCCACGAGGAGCUCAACCGAACCACCGUUUACAUUUACCCACCGAUUGAAAAUCCGUUCACCGGGGCGACCGACGGAGACAACACCCCGUUGCCAAUUACUGUUGACGUACACCUAACACCCGGAUGUAGCUAUCGGAUCGAGUACGCCCAAUCAUUGCGCGUCAGCAUUGCGCGCAUAGUGCAGCAGCACUGGGUCGUAGUUCCUGCCCACUGUGUGGCCCUUCUACUGUUGGCCUUCAAGGAUCAGCUUGCUCAAACGACACCCGACGAUCCGGCCUUUGUGGUAGGAAAGCUACGCUCAUCAUUAACGAAGCCGGCUCCCCUGGUCGUACUGUUGGCCGUUAGUUCCCUUCUGGGGAAGUUUCUGCCACUGUUUAAGUCCAUACCACCGAUCGAAUCUCUCGGUACGCCCCUCGCCAUCUCCAUCGUGAUUCACCUGGUGGCGCUGGGCCUGCUGAUAGUGAUGACGCUGGCGCUUUGCGGUGCCAUUGCGUUCUGUGCCAAUUUCGCUCACAAAAUCAUUCUGCGUCUGAUUGCGCUACCGAUACCGGUGAUGUCGUCCAGUUUCCUCUCGUGCAUACACCGGUUUCCGCUGGCCAUUGCCGUGCUGCUCGUGGCCAUUGCCCUCACCGCGUGCGGUGGCGUCAGUUUGUUGUGUGCGGCCGCCGUGUACUUCGUAUUGCUGUCGAAGGCGUACGAGGAUUACCUGGAAGCGUUCGUGUUUCGUACGGCUCAAAGAAUCGCGGCCCGGCUGUUCGGUACGGCCGGAAGGGAACCGAGAGAGCAAAGGCCAGGACGGCGACCACGCUGGUGGCCUUCACAACAAUCCGGCGACGAACCGAUGGUAAUCAACUUUCAUCUGCCACUGUUCCUACUGGUGAUUCUGCAGGCCAUGCUGAAUGUUCCGAGCGUUAUUACGUGGGCCAAAAACUAUCACUACUCGAACACGCUGCAACCGGACCCGUCGCUCGUGCCCGCCCUGGUUGUGCUCGCAUGUCUUGCGGUCCUCUGGCAGCUCAAUACACCGCGCCAAGUACGAGGGUACGAGCUGUUGGCCGCGCUGCUGGUGGUUGUCGCCUUCGUGUCCGUUCUGUAUUGCCAAGUGUAUGUAUACCGUCUAAAUUAUGCCGUGGCGAUAGUGUUUGUUGCUAUCACACUGCACCAGAUUCUUGCGCCAAAGCGACCGGAAGAGAAUGCGGAGGACUAA